AUGUCGCAAACGGCCGGCAGUGGGACAGCGUGCUGCCCGAAUUGUGGCAUCGGGCUUCCGAGUCAUUCUGACAUGGCAGCAGAAGCACAGAAGCAAAUCGAAGACCUACAAACACAAGUGCGCUUGCUCACAGAAAAGGCUACCGCGACAGUGGACAAAUGGGCAGACUAUGAAGACGAGAUCCAACAACUCAAAGCGCAACUGCAGCCGCCACAGCGAACAGACUCAGCCAGCGAUACCGCUGGCAGAUCCGAUAGCCCAAGUCGAUUUUCCUACCUCCCCGUACAAAACCGCCUCUCUUCCUUCCUGUCACCCCGCAAAUCGACCCCGAAUUUACAGCAGAACCCGCCGCCCCCAUCCGCGACGGACUUAGCCGCUGCGCUAACCAGAGAGCAAGCGCUACGGCAGGCCGCGGAAGGGAAGUUAGAUGAAGCUAGUGGCGAGCUGGAGGAGCUGAGUGCGCAACUGUUCGAGCAGGCUAAUGAGAUGGUGGCUACGGAGAGGAAGGCGAGGGCGAAGUUGGAGGAAAGGGUUGCGGUUUUGGAGAGCAGGGAUGGGGAAAAGAGGAAGAGGUUGGAGAAGCUGGAGCACGCGAUGCAGAGGAUUGAGAGGGUUAGGGGGCUUCUGGCGCCGGGAAGAUGA